GCGGCUGCUGGCGAUGCACUCGAGGACGUGACCUUUUCUAAGGUCCUCGCGCACGCGACGAGGAACGACGUCGUGGAGGAGCGAAUCGCGGCUUGGCAGCGCGACGGGAAUCACGCGGCCGACGCCCUAGCAAAGGCUGGGGCGGCCGAAGGCCGGCUGGCCGAAGAUGAGCGCGCUUUCCUUUUUGGUUGCCUCCAUCUUGCGCGGCUCCUCACCCGAUACACGGGGCGCAUGGAGGCCGUGCUGACUAAAGCCGGCACUCGCGACCAUCAAGGCCUCGGUCGGGGUCUGAGGGCGAGAUUGGGGGAACGCGAGGAGAAUCGCGCGCUGAUGCUGCAG